UCAAAUAUGCAGUGCAAGUAAUUUAGGCACGCGCUGAUUGUUUCAAUGCGUUUAAACGUAUCUAGCGAUAGGUGGCGCUAAUGUACUUAUACAUCUGGCGUCUGCCGCCAUGAAACAAAAGGAGAAGUAGCCGUGACAAUCACCAGCGCAACCCAACGCUGAGUCUUCAGAGUUUGAGAACACAAGACUAUCAAUGAUGAAGUCAAUGUGGUGUAUUUAUUAGUCUGGAUCAGGAUCUACAUCCUACACUGGGGGUGAAUCUGCUGAAAUAUUAGAUUAUUUAACAGCAAAUAAAACAACAGAUUUCCUCCUCCGACCACACAGCAAUUCUCCUUCAGUGAAGCUCAUAUUACAUUGAUUAUCUGUAAGUGAUGAAAUAUCACCAUCAACCAGCAAGUGACGUAUAGUUUAUGAGGGAACAGUGUGAAUAUGAGUGAUCCAGAAUCCUGCACAAUAAAAGUGGAAGAUGUUGAAGAACAAACAGACCUGCUAAAUAAAAACAAAGAGAAGGAAGAACCGACUAAAAGGGGAAAGAAAAAUGACAUCCAAACUGCAGAAAAACUGAAACAUCCUUCAUUGAAAGGAAAAGACAAUCCGUCUUUCACAUGCCUUCAGUGUACAAAGACUUUCUCGUGUGAGGAAAGUCUUAAACUUCACAUGAAGAUUCAUAGAGAAAUGAAGCCACACACAUCUGAACAAUGUGAGAAGAGUCCCACAGAAGAAGAAGCCCUUGAGGAUAACAUGAAAAUCCACACUGAGGAUACAGUGAACGAUUGUGAUGGGACUUUCACAAAUAAGGGAGAUCUUAACACACAAAUCUUAACUCAUAUUAGAAAGAAAGCGCGCACAUGUGAUUUAUGUGGGAAGAGCUUUCGUAAAACAGGUGAUUUAAACAUACAUCAGAAAAGGCACAGAGGUUUAAGGGAUCAUGUUUGCUCCGAGUGUGGCAAGACCUUUUAUACAAAUAGUGGUUUAAAAAAUCACCAGACCGUUCACACUACAGAAACGCCUUAUAAGUGUUCAUACUGUGACAAAAGAUUCAAACGGUCAAUAUAUGUGAAAAUACAUGAGAAGAGCCACACUGGAACACAGCCGUACACGUGUGAUCAGUGCGGGAAGAGUUUUAGAAGUAAAGGAGGUCUAGGCAUACACAGCACAAUCCACACCGGAGAGAAGCCGUUCACAUGUGAUCGUUGCGAGGCGAGUUUUGCCAGAAAGGACAGCCUUGCUAAUCACAUGAAACUCCACACCGGAGAGAAUCUGCACAAAUGUGAUCAGUGUGGGAAAAGUUUCAGAAGAUACGAUGUUUUUAAAGCGCAUCUGCUUAGUCAUUCUAGAGAAAGAGUUUAUAAAUGCAACCAGUGCGAUAAAAGGUUUUUUAGGCCAGAUUUCUUGAGGGACCACCUAAAAAUUCAUACAGAUGAGAGGCCACAUGUGUGUUACUUUUGUGGAAGGGGUUUUCGUUUUAUUAGUGCAUUAAAAUCACACCAGAAAAGGCACAGCGGUGUGAAGGAUCAUAUUUGCUCUGAGUGUGGGAAGACUUUCAUGACAUAUAAAGCCGUAAAUGCUCACCGGUCAGUUCACUCUACAGAAAGACCUUAUAAAUGUUCACACUGUGACAAAAGAUUCAAAAAGUCACAAUAUCUGAAAAUACACGAGAAGAGCCACUCUGGAGAACAGCCAUACCAGUGUAAUUUAUGUGGGAAAAGGUUCACUUAUUCUACUUCUCUGUACGGUCAUAAAAAACGUGCAUGUCUGAAAGCACAGUAAGUAGUUUUGAGUUCUGAUCCUGUACAUUUUCAUGUGAUUCUGCCUAGAGUUAAUAAUUUUGAUAAUUGACCAGCAAGCAUCACCAGGUAUGAAGCCGAGCAUCUGGUGAUGUCUAUGCGUUCCAGACUUCAGGCUGUAAUUUACUGCAAAGGAUUUGCAACCAACUAUUAAAAAGUGAAAGUUUGAUUUAUGAUUAUUAUUCUGUCCCAUUACUUUUGGUCCCUUAACAAGUGGGAGGCACAAAUGCAAACUGUUGUAAUUCCUACACCGUUAACAUGAUUUGGAUGUAAAUACCCUCAAAUUAAAGCUGACAGUCUGCAGUGAA